GGGAUGAGCAGAGGAGACGUCACAUUGUUAGAAUCUGCAGUCUCUGCAUCAGCAGUGUGAAUGAACUGGUUAUUCAAGGAUUUGUUUCUACAUUUCUAAAUCCAAGUAGAUGUAAAUUUGUGUGCUGUGUUUUCAGAGUUGUUUUCCAGAUGACAUGUUAUCUAGUUGAUCACCUUCACGUGUUUCUGUUUAUCAGGUUCUGCUAAUGAUUGAUCUGGAAAAAACACUAUUUAAGGAUGGGAUUAGAAACAGAAUCUACAAAGACCACAUAGAUCCACAGAGACCAGACUUGUAGACCAGUGAAAGAAUGGAGGUGACAUUGUUUUUCCCACUGCUGCUGUUCUGCUCUCUCUCUACAGCUGAACCUCCGUCAGAGUCUGACAAUGACAUUAUUCCUGGUGGAGAACAAGCUGAUUACCAGGGAAGGAAAUCUGCAAAUGUCUCUUACCAGAGACCGACCUGUCCACAAGACAUCCAUGCUGUGCUGAGAGAGAUGAGCUCCAUGUUGGCUGAGCAGAAGGUAGAGCUGAGACACCUACAGAGAGAGAAUGAAGCACAAGCAGCCAAGUUGAAAGAAGUGGAGGUGCAGAAGACUCAGCUGGACCAGCUGAAGCAACAGGUCCAAGCACAGGCAGGAGAACUGACUGCUGUUAAAGCCAAGACCAAUGUGACAGAAAACCAGGUGGAGGCUCUGAUGAGAGACAGAGAAGUCAAACAGGUGGCCUUCUCAGCCUCUCUGUUGGCUUCAGGCGAAGGAAUCAUGGGACCAUUUAAUGCACACACUAAUCUGGUCUUCAGACAUGUCACCACAAAUAUUGGAAAUGCCUACAGCCCAAACACAGGUUUUUUCAUUGCACCAGUGAGAGGAGCCUACCACUUUGAGUUCCACGUAGGUGCACAUGGAUCUUCACAUCCCUCAGCUGCUUGGUUGGUCAAGAAUGGACAGAACAUUUUUUUUGCAUAUGAACAUCAGCCUUCAUAUUAUGGGAGUUCUUCUAAUGGUGCUACACUGCUCUUAGAGGUCGGAGAUGUGGUGUUUUUACGUCUGUGCGAGAACUCAAGGAUUUAUGACAGUCAAAAUCACCAUAGCACCUUCAGUGGUCACCUGCUUUUCACUAUGUGAGAUGGAAAAAGUAUGUGUGCUUUUUCACUAAGUUUGUGUGAAUUGUAACAUUCUAGUUUUUGUGUUUCAAAUUUCUAUGUAAAUAAGCUUAAAAAGCUUGUAUGGAUUAACAUCUAAGAGCUCACUGUCACUGUCUCAUUUUUGUUCCUUCAAAAGAAAAUUUUCUUUAUGAACACUUUUAAUUUUUUUUGCCUUAUAACCUUUACCUAAUAAUCACUGAAUCUCUGUUCAUUCUAAAUUGUCUAAUGUUGCUUUUGUAUAUUUUUCUGUUUGAUCACGUUUUGUAUUGUUUCAGAGCUUUGUUUUUAAAUUGAUUUAAAUAAAGCUUUUCUUACUUGUUUACUUAAAGACUAAAAUGUGCAUUUUCACUCUAAGGCUCUUAAAAAGUGAUAAUAAUAGUGAUAUGAUGUAAAUCUCAACAUUUUAGAAUCAGGUACUGUAAAUAGUUUUAUUUGAUAAAUGAUGCAAAUGAUUAAUCCACAAACUGUUUCAUUCUUAUUCAGCCAUAGUCGCAGACAUUUGUGAUGGUUGUGGAGCUCCUCCUGUAGACCACAUUACAUUUACUACACCACACACACAGUAGCAAGAAGCUGAUCUCCUUCACAAUUCCCUGGGCAGGAGCCAGUUCUGCUUUUUAGAUCCAUUUUCAAUGGAGAGGUUCAUGUUUUGUGAAAUUGGGACUUGUUGAAUUAGCUGUUUGUUUUGGUCGUGAAUUAAUGUCAGUGUUGGUGAGGACAAAGAUCACAUAAACAGCAGCUUAUCACUGGA